AUGGCUGAUCCAAGUCUCUACGCAUACCCUUCGCCCCUAAAGGGCUACGAGAAUCUUCCGUCGCUUCCAGAUGAGCGAAACUCCGAUGGCAAAUCCUAUGUCAAUCCUCCGGCAGAGAAGCGCAGUGAAGCUUAUUCGGAAUUCCCUGCACCAAUUACCAAUGGCAUCCGGGGUGGCUUCGAUGUCCAUGUUUAUUUCCUCCAGUCAGACGAAGAGCAGACAAACUUUGCCAAGCAAUUGUGGGAAAGAGUGAGACGAGAGUUUCCUGAACUCCGUAUCUAUCAAGUUUGGGAUAAGCCUAUUGGGCCGCACAUCACUGGCAUGUUCGAAGUAAAUCUUUUCACCCCGGAGCAGUUCGGUGCAUUCAUCCCCUGGCUGGUGAUCAACCGUGGUCCACUGUCUGCACUCGUACAUCCUAACACAGGGGAAGACGAAAGAGAUCACACGCAACGUGCAACAUGGAUGGGGCAGCCUUUGCCUCUACGUCUGAAGCUAUUUAAGUAA